UACGUCUUUAGCAGCUUGUUGCUGAGGGGAUCCUUUUACAGGGACACAAAACCGGAUUAGAAUAGAUUGCAGAUGACUUCAUUAACUACCUAAAGUGUUUAUCCUGAUUAAAUAAACAGCAUCUAGGUUCUGCCAUGGCAGAUGGUGUGAACCUCAGCCGAAAGUUUGUGUCAGAGUCUGAAUUAGACGAGAUUAGGAAAAAAAGGCAGGAGGAAUGGGAGAAGGUCCACAAGCCAGAUGACCCGGAGGAGGCCCCCGAGGAGGAGUAUGACCCCCGAUCUCUGUACGAGAGGCUACAAGAGCAGAAAGACAAGAAACAGGAAGAAUAUGAGGAGCAGUUCAAAUUCAAGAACAUGGUUAAAGGCCUGGAUGAAGAUGAGACCAGCUUUCUUGACGAGGUCUCACGGCAGCAGUCUCUAAUAGAGAAACACAGACGGGACGAGGAAGCUCAGGAGAUAAAAGAAUACAGGAGUGCUCUGCAGAAGCUGGCGAACAAUGAGAGCCAGAAGGAGACGGAGAAAAAGGCAGGACCCAAACCCUCAGAGAACAGGACCAGUCACCUGUCUCAGGCCCACCUGCUGGCUGGGGCAGUCAAACGACACAGCUCGUCUCAGUCCUCAGAGGGGAGUAAAAAGCAGAAAGCAGAGGAGUCUGUAGCCGGCAAUGGCAGUCAGACAGAUCAGGAGGCAGUCGAGCCCAAAUCCCCAGGCGCGGGCGUGACUCGCUCAGGCAUCCUCCACCUGCCCUCCGCCGCUGUAUGCGUGGGCAUCCUGCCAGGGCUCGGCGCUUACUCGGGCAGCAGCGACUCUGAGUCCAGCAGCGACAGCGAAGGCUUGGGUGCCGCCCCCUCGCCUUCUCAGCGGUGCACUACCUAAAACGAUUUAACACUAGUAUAAACCCCUGGCAGCUUAACCUGGUGACGCACCUUCCCAUCUACCCACCCUUGCGGUUUCUGCAGAGCUCUAGUGGCCAAGGGGACACUGACUGACUGACAGCUGUGGAUCAAGAAGACAUGAAUCAUUUAGUCCAAAUCUCAGACACCAUCAUCACAGGACAAAGCAGAUAUUAUGGGCUUCUUUCAAGUUUAGAUGCCUCGAGUUCUUCAUUUGUUUGUUUGACGUUUAUUUUUUAAGACAAAAUGCUGCAGUGCUGCUGAAUGCUGGAAUGUUAAUGUCGUAUAAGGAUAGUCAUGUUCACUGGAAAAUAACCAGUGAUGACAGAAUGGAAAAUAAAGGUGUUUCU